UUUGCCUGGGGCAGUCGGGGGGGCCGAGCCGCACCACCUCGCGGUCGGCGCCGGGCGGCGGGAUUCGGGAUGACUUGGUGCAGGUCUGACUUUCUGUGGCCCUCCAAGAGAUCAAUUUUCCUCUUAGGACUCGUCCCUGUUAUUGGCGUUGUUGUAUUUAUGUUGGGAAGUGUGGAGUUCAGUAGCCCCUUGCCAGAGCCCCCUCGUUCUGCUCCGGCUGGCCACAUGCUGAAGCUUCUACCCGAGGAACGUCUCAAGGACUUCUUUACCUUCGAUGGAAUCUGGCUGUUCCCGAAAAACCAGUGCAAAUGCGAAGCUACCGAACAGCAGGAAAGCUACAACUUUCAGGAUGCCUAUGGCCAGAGAGAGCUCCCGGCAGUGAAAGCGAGGAGACAGGCUGAAUUUGAACACUUCCAGAGGAGAGAAGGGUUGCCCCGUCCACCGCCGCUGCUGGCUCAGCCCAACCUCCCCUUUGGGUACCCGGUCCAUGGGGUGGAGGUGAUGCCUCUGCACACAGUUCCCAUCCCGGGUCUCCAGUUUGAAGGACCCGAGGCCCCCAUCUAUGAGGUCACCCUGACAGCUUCUCUGGGGACACUGAAUACCCUCGCUGACAUCCCAGACAGUGUGGUGCAGGGCAGAGGCCAGAAGCAGCUGACCAUUUCGACCAGUAACCGGAAGCUUUUGAAUUUCAUCCUCCAGCACGUGACGUACACCAGCGCGGUGUACCAGCACCACAGGGUGGAUGUGGUGAGUCUGGAGUCCAAGUCUUCUGUGGCCAAGUUUCCAGUGACCAUCCGCUACCCUGUCAUCCCUAAGUUAUAUGACCCUGGACCAGAGAGGAAGCUCAGAGACCUGGUGACCAUUGCCACCAAAACUUUCCUCCGUCCCCACAAGCUCAUGGCCAUGCUCCGGAGCAUCCGGGAGUAUUACCCAGACUUGACGGUGGUCGUGGCCGAUGACAGCAAGGAGCCCCUGAAGAUUAAUGACAACCACGUGGAGUAUUACACCAUGCCCUUCGGGAAGGUAGGUGGCAGUGUACUUGGGAAUGUGUUCCAGUUUAAGCUGUUGCUGGAGAAGAGUCAGAAUGGGGACUGUCUUCACCUGAGGCCAGGCUCUUUCAGGCCCCUGGAUGGCUUCCCCCGCUGCGUGGUGACCAGUGGCGUUGUCAACUUCUUCCUGGCCCACACCGAGCGACUCCAGAGGGUUGGCUUUGACCCCCGCCUGCAGCGAGUGGCUCACUCAGAGUUCUUUAUCGAUGGGCUCGGGAGCUUGCUCGUGGGGUCAUGUCCAGAAGUGGUGAUAGGUCACCAGGCCCGUUCUCCCGUGGCCGACCCGGAGCUGGCCACCCUGGAGAAGACCUACAGCGCAUUCCGGACCAACACCAAGGACCAGAUCCAGUUCAAGCUGGCUCUCCACUACUUCAAGAACCAUCUCCAGUGCUCCACGUGAAGGCUUCCGGGCAUCAGAAACGCUCUAGACUUACAGGGGAGAGAGAGUGCGUGAACGGGGGGAGGAGCAGAGGGAGACGGAGAAAGAGAAUCUCAAGCAGACGCCACACGGAGCAUGGAGCCCGACGUGGGGCUCCAUCUCACAACUCUGACCUGAUCAGGACCUGAUCACGAGACCAAGAGACACUUAACCGACUGAGCUACCCAGUGA